AUGUCAUCACAAGCCGAUUAUGAUAAAAGAUUGGCAGAAGAAGUUGGCAGUUUAUCGACACGAUUAGUUACAGCUGUUAACAAACAAGUUGAAUUAGAGGAAACGAUAUUAGAAUUGCGUAAACAGGUUUCUGCCCUCAAACUAAAGAAUGAGCAAUUGAACCAAAGCGAUAUUAAACUAAAAACCAUUUUGCCCAAAUACAUCAAGUUACAAGAUGAUUAUAGAGAAACAUUAACUAAAAAGAAAGAAGCAGAAUCCCAAAACACUAAAUUACAAGGUGAGGUUGAAGAUUUAACGGCCUCGUUAUUUGAUGAAGCCAACACCAUGGUUAGCAAUGCAUCUAGAGAAACACACAACUUUAAGAUAAAGAAUAGGAAAUUGUAUGAAGAAUUGGACGAAAAGAAUAUCAUUAUUAACGAUUUACAAGAACAAUUACAGGACUUGAAACAAAUGUUUAUCAAAAUGGAGGAACAAAGUAAAAUCCAGAGUUAUCUGCAAUCGAAUACACCUAAAAUUGAAUCUUCGACAGAUUUUAAUGAAACCAAUAGCAUUCAUACCAAUACCAAUUUCAGUGAAAGCAAAUUAUCGAAAUAUAAUACUCGGAGUACAUUAGGUGACGAAGAAUCUCAAAAUUACAAUUUACAACAAUUACAAAGAAUAAUAUAUUCACCAUUAAUCACAUCAAUUAGAUUUGACUUGAAUAAUUAUAAUAUAGAUUUCAAAGGGUUUGUUUAUCAAUUAAUUAAACCAGAUUUCCAAUUUGAUUUAUCUCAUUUGAAAACUAUUCCAUUUUUCAAAAGUAUUUGGCAAAGUGAAAUCGAAAAUUGUAUUCAUUAUAUCCCUUCUUUACCUGCUACCACGACUUUAUUGAAUAGAUGGCAAAAGGGGAAAACUUUUUGGGGGUCAUUAAUUGAAGGGAAAGUUUCUAUUGAACCAAUCAAAGGAUCAAAUGAAACAUUUAAAUUAACUUACAAGGGUAACAAUGCCUCUGGUAAUAGCAGCAAUGAAAACACCGAAAGUAUUAGUAAUAGAAGCAGUGCCACAGGAAGUGUUGUACCCGUUGCUAUUAAAGAUCCAUGUACUUUUUGCGGUGAGGCAAGAAACGAUUCUUUAGAACAUUGUCGAUUGUAUCAUUUAAAAUUAUUUGAAAGUAAUACUGCCAAUAACAGUGGCAACAAUCUGACCAAUCAAGAUCAACAAGGAAAUAAUGACAACACUCAUGUAAUUGCCUCGUAUCCAUUAUGUAAUUAUUGUUUGAUUAAGUUAAGAAACUUGUGUGAUUUCUUUGCCAAAAUCAGAUUGAUAAGAUCCAAUAUUUUUAAAUUAAAACAAAAUGAUUCUUUUGAUGAAUUUAUUGUCGUUCCUGGUAGUUUUGGACAAUUUAAGAGAUCAAAUACUAUUUCCAAUAGAAAUGGGACGUAUUCUUCAUCGUCAACAUCAUCAUCCUCGACUUCUUCGGUAUCUUCAUCGUCUGCUACAACUGCAAAUGGUGAAUCAUUAAACAGUACAACUCAUAACAUUCAAUUAGAAAGAACAGAAGAGAGUAAAUUGAUCAAGUUAUAUAUAAUGAUGUUAUUGAUUCGAUCAAAGAUUUUUUGGAGUAAAUUAGGAUUUUGGGAUACUAUUGAUCAAAUUAAUGAGAUUAAUUUAGAUGAAAUUCAUUAUGAAGCAUUUUCUUAUUUAAUACCUAAACCAACCCAACAACAACAGCAACAACAAGGAGAUAUACGUAGCCAAUCAAAUUUCAAUUCACCCAGACAACUGGUAGAUGGUAGAUCAGUACUAAGCGGUAGUAUUAGUUCUCCAAGACAACCAAAUCUCGACAAGCAACAAAAGGACUCUAUUGUGGAUGAGACAGUAGCACAAUUACAAAGAGAUGGAGUGGUUAGAUCAGAAACAGCAUCAGCAGAAGAAAAAUUUGAAGAUGCUAUAUCUGAUGAAACUAAUGGACAAGAACAAUUGAGGUCAGAGAAAUUACAAACAGGAAAAACCGUUACAGAACCCAAUUCUGUAUCUGAAUCUGAACCCGUACAAGAACCAGAACAAGUGCGAUCUAAAAGUAAUAAUAAUACUAAUAAUAAAAAUAAAGAUACUAAAAUAGAGGAUUCAGAUGCAGAACAUACAUUUUCAUUAAAGAGAAGUCAUUCCAAACAAUUUAAAGAUCAAUUAAAUAAAGAAUUAGAUCAAACUUUAGAGAUGUUAGCCGAAAAUAUUGAUUUUGAUGAGAGUAGUAAUGGUAAUGGUAAUGGUAAUUAA